AAAGAGAAAUUCCAACUACUAUGUGAAGCUUUGGAGAAUAAAGGCAUCCAGUGGAGUAGCCGGGGACCUGCCAAUAAAAGACUCUAUGAGGCAGCAGAGGAAGACAGCCUGCCUGACAUCCUGAAGGAAUUCCUGAAGUUCUUACGCUCUGAGGCCUUCUUUUUACUGCUUUCCAACUUCACUAGCCUGAAGCUGCACUUCCUGGCUCCCUCUGAUGAGGAUGAAGAUGCUGGUGAAGGAAGAGCAGCAGACAUGGCUGGGCACAGCAGUCCCAAACCUGAGCAAUGCACUGAUAACAGUACCCCCGUGUGUUCAGGGGAGCUGAGGCACUGGACCCACAGGCACUACACUCUAGUCCAUGACACUCAAGCAACAGAAUUUGCUCUUGACCUGCUCUUCUUCUGUGGCUGUGAGGACUGGGAUCCAGAAUACGGUGGCUUUACUUCCUACAUCGCUAAAGGUGAAGAUGAAGAGCUGCUGACAGUGAAUCCAGAGGACAACUGCUUGGCCUUAGUUUAUAGAGACAAAGAAACUAUGAAGUUUGUGAAAUACAUCAAUCACCAGAGCUUGGCACGCCUGAAAAAGCAUCCAAACAAAACAGGAUUUUGGGAUUUUUCCUUCGUCUAUUACGAGUGA